UUUGCUAUAUAAUUUAUCCUCUAGCGCCACACUACAUCGAAAUCUUCCACAAAACCUGUUUCUGAGCAUUAAUCACGUUCGCAAUGUCCGACGAACAAGAUGCGCUAGAGGCCCUGGAGCGAGAGGCCUCCGAUUUCACCAAGGAUGCUGAAAUUGACCGCAUUCGAAAAGCAUUUGUUCUGGAUGCCUACGCCGUCCUCGAUCUACAACCCGGAGUAACAGAAAAGGAUAUUAAACUCCAAUACCGAAAGAAAUCACUACUCAUCCACCCGGAUAAGACGAAAAACCCCGGCGCCCCAGAUGCCUUCGAUCGCCUAAAGAAAGCGCAAUCGGCGCUCAUGGACGAGAAACAACGCAACUACCUAGACGAAUGCAUCGCGGAUGCGCGGCGACUCCUUAUUCGCGAGCACAAAUAUACACUGGACUCACCGGAAUUAAAGACAGAAGAAUUCAAGAAGGAGUGGCGGCAAAAGACUGUUCAGGUGUUGCUGGAGGAGGAAGCGCGGAGACGAAGACAGGCCAAGGCGAAGCUACAAGAAGAGGGACGAGAGAGGCGAAAGGAAGAGCAGGAAAUUGAGGAGCGAAAACGGAAACGGGAACAGCAGCAGGCCUGGGAGGAUACUCGCGAACAGCGUAUUGGGAGCUGGCGCGAUUGGCAGAAGGGGCAAAAGAAAGAUGGUGAGAAGAAGAAGAAAAAGAUGAAGGUAUUAGGGUGAUGUACGUUACGCAUGGAGACUGGGGGCUCUGCAUCCCUCCCAGGCGCGGUGACUCCUGUAGGGCACCUUCCUCAAUAUCAAAACAGCAUCACUCCUACCACAGCUCGGUAGUACUUGAAGAUCGUCCCGGUUACGAAGCGGUGUUCUAAUAUUUUGCAUCUCAACCUGCAUCUGACCAGCGACCAUCUUAUUCUGUUAUCUCGCACUGAAUGUGGCAGGUAGACAGUGCCAGACCUCAGAUUCGGCGCUUCUUUCAAGUCAAGCCAUAAGCCAUUAUCCGACUCUCGGCCUCAUCUCACAAGCUGAAAGGUCUUUGAACUGUUAGUCUUUUGAGCCUCGGUCCUUCGGUGGAGGGAGAUCUGCGCUGUUCGCAGAACAAAAGGUAUGAGGAAAGCGACCUUCCCCCACUACCUCUGCUUGUUCAAUCUAGAAUAGCUUUAAAUACUGUCUGGAGACAAACCAAUGCGAAAU